UACCAUUACGAAGACGAGGACCGUCAACCGCCAACGUUUUGUUCCUUGCUGUCAAUUGCUCUUCGAGGAAAUUUACGCGUGUCCUGUUCUUUGCCGGCAGCUCUGCCCCGCGAAGCUCCAUACAUCGAGGGCGUGGCGAGCGCGUACUCGCUGGGCGAGUGGGUGACCGCCAACUGCACCUCUGACAAGUCCAGCCCCCCGGCGCAACUCUCGUGGUACAUCAACGGCGCGAAGGCCGAGCAAUGGCUUUUGGAUCAGAUGCCUUUGGCGGCUGAUGGAGAUUUCACGAAGACCACAGUAUCAGUGGCGGCCUGGCUGCAGACGCGCGCGCCGCGCACGCACACCGUGGACGAGCGCGGGCUGCACACGAGCUCCCUGGGAUUGCGCUUCGUGGCGGAGCGCCGCUUCUUCCAGGGCAGCCCUGCGCGCUGCCCAGUUGAAGCUAUUGAUCUUGUAAGCAAAGGCAAAUGUUCUGGUGUUUUUGAAAAAAAUGUUUUCAAAUUUCAAAAAAAUGACUAUUUUGUUUUAAAAUUGUAUAUAAUAUUA